AUGAAGCACUUACGUCUUCCCUUUUGCGUGGGCGCUGCCGUACUGGCAACCGCUGGAAUCUGGGGGAAAAGCCAGGCAGCGGGCGGCAAGGACCUGCCGCCCGGCAUCACCCAGCGACUCGCGACAGAAGCUCGCAACGACUGGGCAGAUGGUGUGAUGAAACUGUCGUUCAAGCAAGAGGAAACAGAUGACAUUGCAAGCAAGCAGGCCAUGAGGAUCUGCGGCGAAGGACACCGUGGUCUGCUUGCAAUGAUUGUAGAUAGUACCGAUUCCGACGCAAGGAUUUUGACCGCUGGGCAGUUAACCAACCAGCAGCUUCUGAUCUACAGCGGAAACGUAAUAGAGGCAGAGUACAAUCUAAAGGACAUUGUGGUUCCAGUGGAGACAGUCAAUGACAAGUGCUUUGCGAUUCGUGCACAGAAAGCACUGGCGACCCUGUACUGCGCCCGCGAUACGCGCCGGCGCGAUCAAUGGCUCAAUUACAUUCAUGAAGCCAUUUUUUGCAAGAAGACUGGCGUUAAAGGAAGACUACCAGCCGAACCCGGAAAGGAUGUAGAGCAGAUUGCCGUUGCUGUUGAGAUUGUUCCCACUGAGGAACCGUCCGGGAUCAACCUCCACCUUGUGAUCCCUCAGCCCCCACAUCCGAGCAUCUCGGACUUUCCUAACCCUCUUGCUGAAAAUGAUCCCGAAAGCCCCAACACGUUUAACUCGGAGGGGGAACCGAAGGGCGCGCAAGAGCUUGUCGCCAUCCACGAGGCAAUGGCUGAACAAAACGAGGUCCCUAUCACUGAUGAAAGGGUACCGAAGGCAGGCUACGCAGCCCAUCGCAUGGGUAGAGAAUAA